AUGGUUCGGAGAAGGGUUCUGACGAACUCGGCCAAGCAGGCUUCGAUGAACGCCUAUCAGCAGUUGUGGCAGCAACAGGAAUUGGCCCGAGGGGCGUUGGUUGCCUCGAUGCCGGAAUAUUGGCAUUCCGUGUGCAACAGAAUGGGUGGCGCCAUGCCCCGAAUGGCGGUAAUUGCUCCGCCGGAAGUGAGCAGCCGGAAAUUGAGUCGUCUGCGUCGUCAGCUAAUGAGGGCGCCCAGUGAAACCGUUGCGAUGCACAGCUUCAUCCCCAAUUAUGGUCUCCAGCAGCAUCCGCAAGUGCAAUUUCAAAGAGGCUAUCAGAGCACAGAAAAUAGAUCCUACCCGAGUCAAAGCGUUUCCAAGGCAGCUCUUUUGAAACCAGGUUGCAUUCUAGCUGCCUGUCAAAACCAGUGCUUCAGAAAUUUACCAGCAGCAGCAGUUGGAGUUGCACCCACGCAUCCACCGCAGCAACAUUUCACUCAGGGAAACCUUUUCGAUUAUCCUGGAGCCGUAAGUCCAAUGCAAUGGCAACAGCAGCAGUAUCAAGUGCAGCAGCAACACAAGCAAUUUCUACUGCAGCAACAACAGAAGGCAGUACCUGUCGGUAUUUUGAAGAACUCUUCAAGAGUUGGGGUUGCCCAACAUUUCGGAGGAGAUUAUCAGACCUCAAGUGCCUCAAAAACAAAAAGAGUGACGAUCAAAAGCACAGCUGCUACACGUUCCGGAUACCAAGAACCUAUAGUGGAGCAAAUAAAACUCAAGCCCGCUGUUCCGCCCAAGCCAAGUAGGAAAGUCAAGCAAAAUACACUGAAGAAAGAACGACAGCAACUGCAGCAAUUGCAACUGCAACAUGAGCUUCUCAAACAGCAUCAGUCCGUACAAAACCAAAAAGAUCAACAGAAGCUACAGCUUAAAAAAGAUCUACAGCAGCAACAGCUUUUGCAGCACCAAAAGGAUUUAAGAAAGCAACAGCAACUAGAUCAAAGUAAGAGCUUCAAUUUUGGGAAACUUGCCAACCACUUUAUAGAAGGCUGUAGCAGGGAUUCUGAUACAGAAACUUCCAUGUAUACGGCUGCGAAUUCAGAAAUAAAACCAAAGAAGCAACAAAACUUACAGCAAUUAAAAAGCUCCAAGUCCAAGGGCUUUUCUUAUAAAGAAAGCAAGCAGGAAUCUAUAAAGGAGCCCCAAGCCAAACCAGAAAAAUCGGAGGUAUCCAAUAGAGAGGGUAAGACGUCUUCGAGGCGCUUCCUUGAUCGUCAGGCCAGAAAACUUGAGUCGGAAAACGAUAGCAGUACAGUAACCCUAACCGCAGAACAGAGUCGGUCAAAAACUCAAUAUCAAAGUCGCACUUCUCUGACCGACAAGGCCACAAACACUAAGAUAGACCCUUUCGAUGAUCAUCUUUUAAAACCUGGACCUCAGAAAGCUGAAUCUGCGACCUCAGCGACAAGUAAGGGAUCUAGAAAACUAAACAUCAAUGAGCUGUUGAGAAAUGAAAAGGUCAAGGGACUGGAUGGAAAUCCCAUGUGGCACUCGCUAAUGCAACUGGUUGCCCACAUGUGUGAGGCUAAGGAAACUGGUAAGUCAGAUAAGGAGCAGCAGAGCAGUCGUUUGAGUGCCGGAUCCGGUGUCGAUGGUCUUCAGAAGCAGUACUCCGUGUAUUUAAUGGUUACCUCUGAUGAGGAGGACGAAGACAGGACUUCCGUGAAAGCAAAAGUUGAGCAUUCAAGCAGUGAUCCAAAGUUGGCGAGCAAUGAAGGGAUUCAUGGAGAAGACCAGUUCGCCAAGCUCUGUGAUGAUGUCUAUCAAGCAGAACAUCCCAAGCAAGGUCGCCGUAGACGAUCGAGGAAGAGAUUGAAUCCCCGCCUGCGUGAACUUUCCAUUCCUUACCCCAGCACCCAGACUCAGCUGCCAAUGAGAAGACCCCUCCACUGGCCCAAGCCUGAUUACUCCAAUUCCCAAGGUCGUUCGAAUCGUACUCGCAACCCAUCUCGUGUUCGUUCCCGAUCUUCAACCAAACAGGCGGCAAAGUUGCGAAGCCAGAGAUCCCUCAGCUCGGCACUUGACGAGAAACGCAGCUGGAGAUUGUGGCAGGAUCUUCCGAUGACCGCUAGAACUCUGAAUAAGGCAUAUAGCCGCAUGCUGACUUUAUAG